AUGAUGAGUGGCGGCGAUGGUUUUGCUGACAUUGUCGGGAGAAGGUAUGGCUCACUGAAGUUGCCAUUCAAUGAGAAGAAUAGCUGGACCGGGAGCAUCUCUAUGUUCAUUUCCUGUUUCCUGCUAUCAGCUAUAAUGCUCUUCUACUUCUCAAGCCUUGGUUACGUUCAUGUUAGCUGUGAGGAGGCACUUGGUAAGCUGGUCCUUGUUGCAUUGGCAGCCACCAUAGUGGAGUUUAUCCCUGUCAAUGAUGUUGUAGAUGACAACAUCUUUGUUCCUUUGGCCACCAUGGUAGCUUUUCUGUUGUUUAGCUCCGCCGCACGAUGA